AUGAGCGGUGGCCGGAUAGAAGGAAACUGGGGCGGAGGAUGGCAGGAAGUACGGCGGAGUAGGGUCUUCAGGAAUCUGAAGCCAGUUUGGGAUACUUUCCCUUUGGGUGGGUGGCUCAAAAAUCAGGGAAACAGUGCGAAAAAGGUGUCUUCUUUCUAUUUUUCCGAAUUUCCAGUUCAAACCAAAGCAAAGGAGUUCUUCGAGCUGUUUGGGUGUAUUGGAAGAGUGGUGGAGGUAUCAAUUUCACCAAGACGAAACAAAUUAGGAAAAUGUUUCGGUUUCGCUAGAUUCAUUGAAGUGGAGGAUGAGAGGAUGCUGGGGGUGAGGUUGGAUAAUGUUCAGAUACUUGGGAAAAAGAUUCACGCGAAUAUUCCUCGAUUUCAAAGGGGAUCGAAAAGGGAGGGGGAGGCAGAAGUUCGGAACAAGAGUAAUGGUCGGGUUUUUGCAAAGCAUCAGUCUGUUUCUCAGCUCAUAGGUGUAAGCGCGAAGGAAAGGGAUGACAGAAGUUAUGUUGAGGUGGUUGCGAAGAGGCACAGGAUGGGGGAAACAUCGAAGGAGGAUAUAGAGAAGUGGGGGUUUAAGGUGGAUGAACACAGGCGGACAAGAUUGAGCAAAGCGUUUGUGGGGCGCGUUAAAGUUCCAGGAUCUGCGUAUAACAUACAAACCCAGUUCGAGAUGGAGGGUUUCUUCACCAUAAAAGCAACACCGAUGGGUGGGAGUCUUGUUUUGCUAGAAGAGACGGAAGGUGGUGUUAUUGCAGAUUUGAUCGGAGACGGAGAUAAGUGGUGGAAAUGUUGGUUCAAAGAUAUUUCUAUAUGGAAGGAAGACAUGGUUGAUACGAGCAAGGUGGUGUGGAUAAGCAUUUUCGGAGUUCCGGUUGUUGCUUGGUCUGUGGAUUUCUUCAAGCAGCUGGCUGAACGUUUUGGUUCCUUCAUCUGUCUGGAUGCCCAAACAGAAAAUGAAGAUAGCUACGACAUCGCAAGGAUUAUGAUUAGUGUGGAAAGAGAAGUCAGUAUACCAGAGAGGGUGGUUGUCAACAUUGACGGUAAUGAUUUCACUCUGAUGAUACGAGAAGACAAAUUGGACGCUAUGAGAACAAACCCAGGUAACCGCCAAACUCAAAACCCUAGUGGAGAGUCUUUGGACUCGGAUGGUUUUUCUGUUAAUGAUAUGCAGGUGGAUAAUGAAAAGUCUGUGGGGGGAGAUUCGAUUGAAUAUUUUGAAAAUGUUUCUGUUAAUUUAGAGGGGGUAGUGUCGAAGGAUAGCAUAGUGGAAUUCUCGGAGGAGAUUUCGGCGGUGAAGUGA